UCCUUAACCCACGUUCAACGUACUUCCGGCUUCUUGCCAACAUGAUGGAAGACAAAGUGUUACUGUUUAUUUCUAAAUUAGUAUCGUUUUGAUGUGUUGUAUUGACAGCAGCAUUCUUUUAUUUUGACAAAUUAAUUUGAUGCGACAUAAGUUGGUGUAGUUUAGAUGACUAAGCAUAAAAUACGCGGUUAAAAGACAUGUAAACAAAGUUGACCUACAUCUCAAAAUGACAGCCAAGUCAAAUGCUCAGGACAGGAAAGACUUUGACAAAUUUACCAAAUUUUUUGUGUACAAAAGUAUUCAAAUAAUUGUUCAGUCCAGACUUGGAGAGAAGAUUAAAACAAAAUCAAAGCCAUUUUCUUCUGGUGCCGAUUGGUUUAACAUAGCAAUAACAGACAAUAAUGAAGUUCACACAGAAGCCAAAAAAGUUGUGUCAAAUCAGACAUCAACACUUGCACAGAAUGUCUGUGUGGAGAUCUCACUUAGGACUGCCGAUGGUGAUACGAUGGUGCUUGAACUUUGGUACAUAAGUCUUGAUAUAAAUCUGUGUGAUAUAAGUGCUAAAAUGUCACAGACAGGUUAUUUGGUUGAGCUUAGCAUUAAAAUCAUUAUUAAAUGUUUUUAAACACCUGCUUACAAACGUUCUCGAAGGCAGACAAGCAGUGACUACAUAAUUUGCUAUAGAAUAUAUCUUGGCGAACCACAGUUUUAUAUUCUUGGUGAGAACCAUCAAAAAUCAAAAGUAGGGUCUGUGCCAACUCCAUAUGGGACCAUAGGAAUUCAUUUAGGCUACAGAACAAAGUUGUUGAUAUCUCCACAGAACACUACAAAAGAGGUGCCAUUUGAGGUGAAGGAUGAUCAUUUUAAACAAGAUAGUAGUCCUGUAAGACCAACAACACCAAAACCUUGUGUAUCUGGUUACAGAAGGCAAAGCACUUGUGAUUCUGACUCUACAGGUCAGAGUGAGGAGUCAUGUACAACAACAUUUUCUACCAGUCCCUGUGGUGAGCCCCUAAGAACUAAAGGAAGUCCCGCCUCUCAUCAUCAGUCGCAGCCAAUAAAGAUCAACAUACAGGGCAGUUCUCCUGUGACUGACAAGUUCCCUGAUUUAAGGCCACAGAGUGCUCCAGAAAAACCUUUCACAUACCAAGAUUGUCAUAGAGUUGGAGCAUUUGUUCAACAUUUUACAGACAAUAAACACAACAGCGAUGAUGAUGUGCCAUUCCUAUCUCUCUUACAGCAGGUCAAACUUGAUAGGCAAGACAAGGACAAGACAGAUGGUACAAAGUUAGAGGCAUCAAAAGGCACGUCCAGCUCGAAAACUGAAAGUUCACGGGAAACAAGUGAAUCUGCACUAAGCGAGUCAAAAACAAGUACCAGUAGCCAGGUGUCAGCACCAGAUGACUUUGUUAUGGUGGAGUUGAAAACACCAUUUGCUGGAGCAGAUGCCAAUAGUGAUUUAGGACGGUUUUAUCGUGAAUGUCAGAGUGCACCGGCAUUGACAAACUGUGACGAGGAGCAGUCAGUACCGGAAGCUUUGGAGCAGUUAACUAACCAGCUAGAAUCAUUUGAGACUCAUAUGAAAGACUUUGAUAACUUUGUGUCAGAACUGAAUAUUGACAAUGAAUCUAUGGGUUUUGAAGCUAAAGCUGUUUUUGAAACGUGAAACUGUGAAAGAUAUGGGUUUACUGGUUUGUAAUACAGAGUUGCUUUGUCUUACAUUUCAUUUUUGUAGUGUUAUUUUUAUGUCUUUUGCUGGGAGAGAAAGGAAUAAGUAAAAUAACAGCAUAAAAUACAGUAUUUUUUAUAAUUAAACACUUUGGGUACCAGGUAUAUACGGUUGUGUUUUUAACCAGUAUGAUAAAAUCUUUAGUGGUUAUAUAUUUAUAAGUACAUUUCAAAAUUCCAUUACACAAAAUUUGCUUCUAAGAAAUAAUAUAGCACCUGUACAUGUACUUCAAAAUCUUUGGUCCAUUUCCACAUUAAGAUUAUUUAUAAUACAUGCAAUCAAUAGAAAAGUUUAUGUAAGGAAAGACAGCUCUGUAAGGUUGUGUUUUAUUUAGUCCACAUGGAUGAAUAUGUGCUGCAUUUGAAAGGGAUUGAACACAUUUUGGUGCUCUGCACUUCUGUAUUAAAAAAAUUGAUUCCUUUUUUUGUUCCUUUAGAGCUGUAAUGUUGAAGUAUUUUAAUAUAAAAAAGGGAACUCAUGACAUAUGUAAUAAAGUUUUUGACCCAUAACUUACAUUAGUUAACAAUUGUAUUUUUCAUUCUGUUUUGUAUAAAGAAAAAAGCUUUUUCUCAUAUCCAGUAUUUCUGUUCAUUAUGUUUGAUGUGAUAAAGAAAAGUUUAUUAUGGGAUCUUUUUUAUUUUGGUUUUGAAUCCAAAAAUGACUUUUUUGUAGUUGAAAUGUUGUGUUUUACUCUUUCCUUAUCGAAGCAUAGUUUUAAAAUACAAUGUACAUAAAAUUGCAGUACGUUAUUAAUUUAAUUUUGCAAACUUCAUGUUGUCAGAUUUAUUAUUUCAUGAACCAAUAUAAUGCAAAUCUGAUAAAAACAAACACAUUCUGUAGAAAUCCUCAGUUGAUUAUUCAGUCAGAUUAUAGAUUAUUAUUAUCGUACUUUCAUGUGUUAUGGGUGUUUUAUAUUUCCUCAAUAAAAAACAAGUCUCACCUUUGAAACAUUUUAAGUAAAAUAAAACGGCAAAUGUUUUAUGAUAAAGAUCGCUGGCUCGAUCUCUCUUAAACAUUUUAUAUACGAGUUAGUUGAUUUAUGUGGAUAAGUUCACGGUGUCUUGGCAGAAUCAAUUUACAGUCCACUCCACUU